CAAAAUGCAGGAACUCAGGAAAAGCGAAUUUCCCCCAUCAAAUUCAACCAAAUGAAUUCCAGGGAAGUACCCGCGAUGGACUCUACACCUUGCGAGAACAGAUCAACAGGCAAGCGCAAAGUUAUCGCCGUAGUUGGAGGAGGCUUGGUAGGCGCUCUGAAUGCCUGCUACUUUGCCAAAAGAGGGUUUGAAGUUGAGCUCUUUGAGUCUCGCGAAGAUAUCCGGCAAGCCAAAGUUGUGCGCGGCAGAAGCAUUAACUUGGCUUUGUCUCACAGGGGUCGGCAGGCCUUGAAACAUGUCGGAAUGGAGGAAAAGAUUGUGACUAAUGGAAUCCCCAUGCGUGCCCGGAUGAUCCAUUCACUGAAUGGGGCCCGAUCUCCAAUCCCGUAUGGGAAAAAGGACCAGUACAUUCUGUCUGUGGACCGAGCCAACCUGAACAAGGAGCUGCUCACAGCGGCUGAGGAGUACCCGAGCGCAAAGCUGAACUUUGGACACAAACUUUUGGACUGGAGCAUUGAGUCGGGAGCGAUGACCUUUCUCAGGUCGGAUGGCACGAAGGAGCAGAUCAAAGCUGAUCUGAUCGUGGGCUGCGAUGGGGCCUUCUCUGCCAUCAGGAAGCAGUUCCUCCGACAGAGUCGCUUCAACUACAGCCAGACCUACAUUCCCCACGGCUACAUGGAGCUUACCAUGCCCCCUCACAACGGAGAUUUUGCCAUGGAGCCCAACUACCUUCAUAUAUGGCCCCGGAACACAUUCAUGAUGAUCGCUCUGCCAAAUCUGGACAAGACUUUCACCUGCACUCUGUUCAUGCCAUUUGAAGAGUUUGAGAAAAUUACCACAGAAGAAGAAGUCAUGGCGUUCUUCCAGACCUAUUUCCCAGACUCUAUCCCUCUUAUCGGAGAGGAUGCUGUGAAGAGAGACUACUUCCGCCUGCCGGCCCAAGCCAUGGUGUCCGUCAAGUGCUCCCCAUAUCACAUGGGGGACAAGUGUGUGCUUAUGGGGGACGCUGCGCACGCCGUGGUGCCCUUCUACGGCCAGGGGAUGAACGCGGGCUUUGAAGACUGCCUUGUUUUUGAUGAAGUAAUGGAUCAAUGUAAUGAAGAUUUCAGUGCUGUGCUUCCGGAGUAUACCAGAGUCCGUGUACCUGAUGACCAUGCCAUCGCUGACCUCGCCAUGUACAACUACGUUGAGAUGCGGUCACACGUCAAUUCAAAAUGGUUUCUCUUCCGAAAAUACUUGGACAAUUUACUUCAUUUUAUAAUGCCAAGAACAAUCAUACCUCUAUACACUAUGAUAACUUUCACCAGGACGAGGUAUCAUCAAGCUCUACAGCGUUGGCACUGGCAGAAAAAGGUGAUAGACGUGAGCCUGGGCCUGUUUGCCGUAAUCUCCCUGGCUGGAGCGACCUACCUGGCUGUCAGAUUCCCCCCGGGGCUCCCCACUCUCACCCUGGACCAGCUGUGGAGACCGCUCUGGUCACCGGGGAGCUAAAAGGAACAGGACGGAUCCUGUCCGCAAGAGCGCAGUCCUGUCAGCUUGACCCAACUACCAGAGACUUAUUUGGUGACAAGUUCCUAAUUAGUAUUACGUUUUAAUUUAUUUCAAUCCUGAUGGGCUUGGUCAUGUCAGAAACCUGACCCACGACCCUCUCUUAAUCAGGCCCUCCUCUCUCCACAGUCCUGCUGUGUGCUCACUCAAAGCUUUGCAGAGGAGAGCGCACGUUAGAAAUGUGCCAAAAUUGUAAUUGGCUGCCCUGGUCAUCAGUCACAACAAUGGUGAUUAGAGAAGAGACACCAUGUUCCCGAUGAGAAAGUGGGAAUUUGAAUGACAGACCAAAGAUGUCAGACUAAUCCACAGCACCCAGUAAAUUAUGUGAUGUGUUCAUAUCUUUCUAAGCCUGUACAUACACUCAGUGGCACUUAAUAUGGUAUUUAUGACUUAUUUUUUUGACUUUUUGGUCUUCUGCUGCUGUGGCCUAUCCACUUAAGAGGUUUGACACAUCGUGUGUUCAGAGAUGCUCUUCUGCAUACCACUGUUGUAAUGCGUGGUUAUUUGCUGGUGUACAGGUCUACCUAAAAAAGUGGUCACUGAGUGUGUAGCCUAUAGCCUUUUUUUGAGUCAGAUAAUUACAGUCCUGAGCACUUCCCUUACUAUCUUACUAAUGCAAACGCAAUCCACAAAAUCCCUGAAAAUGCAUUGUACACUGUCAUGGAUUUUACCAAGACAGCUGGCAAUCUUAGUAUGCUCCCCAUCAUCUUACACAAUGAUGUUACAUCACGCUCACGCUUUAUCAGGUUAACAGUGUGCUCAAGCGAGCGCGCAGGCAAAGAUUUGAGAGCACAGGGCAGGGGGGCGGAGACAGGAGGUCACAGGCAAUGUGCUUGCAUAUGGACUUCAGCACUCACAAAAUGGAUUUUUCUUUGCUCAAGAUUAAUUAUUAUAUGCACAAUGAUGCAUCUCUAAGUUUCUGCCUGUGUCAAUAUCUCUGUGCACUCAGGAUAUCACUACAUCCAGGCAGAAUUUUGGCACAAAAAUAAUGCCAUAAAUGCUUGUUACAUUUACUGUGUUACUGAGGGUGGGGGCAGUGAGUGGGGCUUCUAAAUGUACGUUUGAAAUAAAUGUCAACAAUCUUGCUUGAUGACAAAAUCUGAAAUACAAUGAAUAAAACAACAGUUGCCUGUCUGCCACCAACAAGCCCUGCACUUUUAACGUAGUCCAUGGUCAAAGUCACUUGGAUAACAUUUUUCCCCAUUCCUCAAUGUGAACAUUACCUGAAGCUCCUGACCUGUAUCUACAUGAUUGUAUGCAUUGAAUUGCUGCCACACAAUUGCUGCUGAGAUAAUUGCAUGAAUAAAUAGGUGAAAUAAAGUAAAAAUGUUCCUAAUAAA